ACAAUAUCACGUUCUUCAAGCUGUGGUUCCUCUGAAGUUUAAGUAUGACGGCAUGUUAUUAGACCUCAGGAGCGGUUGUGGACAAGUGUAACAACAUGCUGUGGCAGUGAUGUCACUUUCGUGUUUGAGUCACUAAAUUCCCACACAGCAGAGGUUUGUAACGUGGGCGAUGGGCGCUGAUAAAUGGAGGUUGUGUCGACUAGUGCGUGAAUAGGAAACAAGCGACAUGGAGGAAAGCGUGUGCUGCUGCGGUGCUGACACAGCAGUUCAUUAUCAAACCACCUUCACUCAACUUGUUCGCCUGAAAAAGAAGAGCCGUCAGAUAAUGGCUCCGAUUUCAGUGGUGGUGCUCCUCCUCCUCACCUCAGCAGCCGUGGCUCUGCUGAUCAUGUUUGGGCUUAUGAAGCAGCCUGACAGUCAUUCAUCAGGCAUCAACCUCGAACAGCAGCAAAUCAUAAAGGUCAAGAAUCCAAGUGCCAUGCUAACAGUUGGCAGUAACAUUAAUGGGAAAUGCCUUAAAUGGGAGAGUGAUUUGGGACUUGCCCACUGUCAUGGAGGUUUCAACUACGACGAUGGGAACCUUGUGGUGCCCAGAGACGGCAUCUACAGAGUCUUCCUGCAGAUCACCUAUCAGAGUUUGGAUUUGUGCCUUGAUGACCUGAGACUUUCAAGCAAUGUAUUUUUUCUUGGGGAUAGUUACAAUGACAGUGUGCUUUUGCUGUCAACAUUCGACACAGUGAGUUGUAGCAUGAAGCAAUGGCGUAAAUCCAUCUAUACGUCUGGCUUGUUUGAGCUGGAGGCUAACGACAGACUAUAUGUGACAUCAUCGAACCAAAAUCUUAUUGUAGAAGAUGAAAACUUGGUUUUCUUCGGUGCUGAACUUCUAGCUCAGUAAUCUGCUCAUACAGCUAGAACCAUCUAAAUGAAUCUUCUGUUUGCCUGCACCAUCCGCUCCACAAAAACCUCUGAGAGAUAUCCUGGUUAUCUGCCUAUUAGAUUUUGACAUUUCUUGUUUACAAGGAGUAACCACAAAAGGUCACACUAAGCAUAAUAAUUCAUUAUAAAGGGAAACUUCGACAGCAUUCAAAAUGUUAGUUUUGUGCUGUUGGGUCGUUCAAACCUAGAUGCACUGAGAAAAACCUGUUUUGUCUAAUGUGGAUACUGUAGAGCCAAUUAGGAAUUUCAGGUCUUUUGUUGCUGUGAAAGUUAAAUCCUUUGAAAGGAUAAUGUGAAUUGUUGUGCUCACAGGAUAUAGUGAGCCCUGUCUCUAUUUGGACUUCACAGGCAUUCAUAUCACAUGGUCUAUCCCUCUCAGCUCAGGUUAGGGGAUGGAAAUGCAAUCAAUGUUUACUAGUCAAGUGAUUAUUCUAGUAACAUGUACAUUGUAUAUCACUAGCAUGUUUUAUCUGAAAGUAAUAAGUAUUUCAGGACAUUGGUUAUUCAGUACAUACCACGUAACUGUGUAUGUAAGCUUGUCUGGUUGGAAAAGUAAUACAAGGCUGAAUCACUCAGUUAUUAUUUGUUUUUGCAUUACAAUGUGUAGCGAGGCAACUUAGAGGGUUUGAUUAGGAAGGUCUGAAUAGUUGAACAAUAUUCAACAGGCAGGCUAAAACAAAUAAACACACAAACCCUGCUGCCAUGGUAACAUUUUUGUGGUAUGACUAAUCAGGUUUAUUAACUGCUGGGCUAUUAUUAGGUGAUAAAUGCAGAAUACUUUCACCAGUGACUAAGGAAAGAUUGCUACCAUAGAUGUGCUUUGUGUUGGAAUGUUGGAAGUAUUGCAUUUGAUGUUGUCUUCAGAAUGAUGUAGAAUCAUAUUUAAAACAGCGUUAUGUCGACAUGACCAGUGUUUGGUUGACCCAGGCAUGGCGUCAGUAGAAUAGCUGCAUCAAAUAGAAUGCUUUGUAAAAGGCAAUAAUUUAGGGGAAAUAAAACCUGUUGUGUAUGAAGGAGUAGCAGUUGUAUUAUUAUUAUUAGUUUUAGAGUCAUGAUGUCUAAAAUCAACAUAUAUAUCCUUGGGUUUUGCCUCAUAAUACAUUUUUUCUUUUUCUUUAAUAAUUAUCUGUAUUAGGACCAUAUAACAUUUUCACCUCCUUCAUUUGGCUAAAAAAGCUCUGUCAUCUUUAAACUUGUAUGUGACAGUUUUCAAGUCACUGCAGCAUUCAGUCUGGGAAAGGAAUAAAGUUGAUGUUGGACUUAGUCCAGAGAAAUGUUGAGUAACUUUCACUCUGACAGAUCACUUGGUGAGGAAGUCCAAGAUCUAGCCAGCGAUAUUAGUGUCCAACCUGAAACGCUCAAUAGGCAUGUGAAUCAGCAGCAGAGUGAUGGUUCGGAUCCUGAAUUCUCCUGUAUGUUGGAACUUCCAGAAGUUCCUUUUCAAUCAACUUUUCAGAAGAAGUGAGGUCAAACCAAGGACUGUAUUCAGAGUCUUAGUAUUAUUAUAUGACAAAAUACGAUGUAAUAAAUGUGGUGAUGGAUUACAAAGGCAUGUGUGUAGAUGAAUUUUUUUUCACUGUGGGGUUUAUUGUAAACUGAUAUAUAAUAUUGUAUUAUCAUAUAAUAAAUUAUAUAUUAUAUUUCUCUAUUUUUGUAAGUUGCUGUUGUCUUAAAUAAAAUUACUUAAUAAGGCCAAA